AUGGAUAGUGUCGAGGACCUCCCGCUGCUCACCGCUGCACGACUCGUUGCUCGGUUCUGCUUGGGUGACGACGAUCUUCCCCAUGUUGCGAGACUUUUGGACGCCUUUUUGGACCCUUUCUCGUCGAAAUGGACGCUGGCACGCAGCUACAAGCGCACGGGCAGUCUGAGGCUGAUGCGGUACAUCGCUGCGCGGCAACCGGCCGAGACGAUCGACCCGUUCUACCGCCGCUGGAUGCUCAAUGCUACGUCGUGGUUCGUUGCUGGUAGAGGGGAUCUACCGGCACUUCGGUGGUUGGUGGAGAGCUGCCUCCCUGACGACCGGCUGAGUGCGGCGGUGUACGCAGCGGCGGCGAAUGGGCACGUGGAGAUCCUCCAGUGGCUGCACACGUUCCAUCGCGAGCGGAUCUACUGGAACUGCAUCGAGAUGUGCGGGGCGCUGGACUACGGACAUGCGGAGGUGGUCAAGUGGCUGCAGAAGCACUCGCCGCCUCGUCCGGAGUGUCUGAAGCUGGUGAUGCAGUCCGCGGCCAAGACGGGGAAUCUAUCGGCCGUGCGUUGGUUGGUUAAUGAAUGCCAUGCACGAGCGGAGGACGCGCUGGUGCUCGCCCAGAAGGAGGGGCAUUGGGAGACUGCGUGGUGGAUCCUUGUGAAUUGCGAGCUCGCAGUGCGUCACAUCAAGUGGGACGGAGCUGCUGCCAAUGGCGCGCUGUCCUUCUUGAAGUACGCGUACUCCCAGGGUCUAGGAGAGCCGCGACCGUCAACACUCGUGGCUGCAGCUGCAAAUGGGCACUUGGAUGUUGUGAAGUGGCUUCACGAUGAGGUGCAUCUUCCUUUGACACUGGGGGCUAUGAGACGAGCAGCCGAAAACGGACAUCUAGACACUGUGAAGUGGCUCCACGACUUGAACUGCGAGCGAGGUGACGUCUGGACGAUGGACAGUGCCGCUAAGAACGGUCAUCUCGAUGUGGUGAAGUGGCUUCAUGCUAACCGCGACGAGGGCUGCAGCUCCAAGGCCAUGUCUUGGGCUGCUGGCCACGGUCAUCUCGACGUCGUGCAGUGGCUCCACGAGCAUCGAAGUGAAGGGUGCACAGAGCUGGCGAUGGACAUGGCUGCUGAAAACGGACACCUCGAAGUCGUUCAGUGGCUCCACGAACAGCGCAGUGAAGGGUGCACGUCCAAGGCCAUGGAUGGCGCUGCUCGUGAAGGUCACUUGGAAAUUGUGAAAUGGCUACACUCUCAUCGCGUAGAAGGCUGCACAACGAUCGCGAUGGAUGCUGCAGCGAGGGCUGGCCAUCUGGACGUCGUGAAAUGGCUCGAUGCGAACAGACAGGAAGGGUGCACCGCGUGGGCUAUGGAUUUUGCUGCCACUCACGGCCAUUUAGACGUUGUGCAGUGGCUGGAUGCGAAUCGAACCGAAGGUUGCACGGCUGAAGCCAUGACUGCUGCUGCAGCCAGGGGUCACAUGGACGUGGUGAAGUGGCUACACGCAAAUCGAGACGAAGGGUGCGACCCAGCUACUCUGUCGAAGGUGGCGGUCUCUGGUAACCUGGAAGCAGUCAUUUGGCUGUACGAGAAUCGAAGUGAAGUCCCCGUGUUUGAGGCAAACACCAUGUUCAACCGCACCAGUCGGGAACUCAGCCAGUGGCUAUUUACUAAUUAUCCGGACAGGUUCGUCGGCUGCAGCUUACAAGUCCCCACGUGGGACUAUCGAUUCAACGAUUGGUGUCGAGAGUCUUCCCUGCAGCGCAUUAGACGUGACGAGGAUGUUACAAUAUGGCUACACGAUUCAAGUGUAGCUAUGAAGCAGUAG